AUGGCCUCGGGCAUGUUUUUCGAUCCCAUCGUAGCGCUGCGCGCCCUGCCGCUCGUCUCUUCCACCUGCACCCUGCUCUUCGGCUGGGACCAGACGUUUUUCCUGUCCCUCCUCAACCGGCCCGAGAACCGCGGCACGUCCAAGCACCUGCUGCCCGCCUACUUUCGCCGCAUGUUCCGCUUCGGCCUGCCACUCGUCGUCUCGCUCAUCACCAUUUCGUUUUGGAGCGGCCUCGCCAACCUCGCCGGAGCGCGCCGCGUGCGCGAGGCGCGGCCGUGGUACGCCGCCGGCGCGGCCGCUGCCCUGGGCCACCUGCUCUUCGUGCCGCUGGUCGCGCCGCCGGUGCGGCAGAUUAUCGAGGCCGACGCCGACACCGACGUCAACGAGCGCCUGGACUACUGGGUGCGUGUCAAUACCGUCAGGACGUUUACCGUCGACUUGGCGGCGUGGCUUGCGUUUGUUGUCGCCGUUGGAAAGACGCUGCAAUGA